UGGAGAACCUGUUUGACGUAAAAAUUGUCACGUGUUAAAUAAUGCUAUCAUUAUCAGGAAGUGUCCCGGACCUGUUAAAGGUGAUAUCGAUACAGUCACACGAUGGCAUUAUCUGAAUCCCAAAUACCACCUGAUGCCCAGCAUUAUUUGGUGUGUGGCACUGAAGACUGCGAGAAAUCUUGCCAGUUUUACUGCAAUAACUGUCACCAACAAAUGUGUGAACAAUGCAGAAAUGAUCAUCAGAAGAAUAAGAAAACCAAGAACCACGAAGUGGUCCCUUAUAAACAACGCAAGCGGCAACUUCCUGUAGAAAAAUGCAGGAUUCACUCCACAAAAGACAUAGAUCUUCUCUGCGAGGAAUGCCAAAUUCCCCUCUGUUACAAAUGCGCAACCACAAAAGAACAUCGCGGUCAUGCGUUUACCGAUCUUGAGAAGGUCUUUGAUAAAAAGGUUUCACAAUGUCAAGAAGAAAUUGCCAAAAUUCGAAAUCAUUUGGAGCCUACUUCUCAAGACUUGAAGAAGGAAAUUGCUGGAGAUGUCACAGAAAUAAAGAAGAUUAUGGAGGGUUUAAGAAGAUCCAUGAAGGCUGAAGCUGAGUCUUUGAAAAAUCUGGUAGACACAGUCACAUCAGAUAACAUAGAACAAGUCAACAAAAUAGAACAGUCAAUAUUAGAAACAUUAAAUGGAAAAAGCCUAGAAAUUGAAGCCUACAUGAAUUAUCUCAAUGAUUUAAUCAAAACAUUUUAUGGCUAUCUAUCUCCUUCAAACAUAGAACAAUUAACAUUUGCUCUCAAAUCAAAAAACGUUAUCAUACGACCCAUACCAGAGACAUCCAAACCGGUCACACCAGUAUUUACUGCUGGUCAAUACAGCAAGGAAGAUGUCGCAAUGCUACUGGGUAGAAUCCAGGUUCCCAAUACUAAACCAGAGCACAGGAAGAUAAAAACCAUUGAGACUGCCUCUAUACCAUUGAAACAUACAGUAAAACAGAGGGAGUCUGACGUUAAACCAACACUGUCCAUGUCUUCCUCUGUCACCAAGGUCAGGGAGUACAAAGUACCAGGUGUUGAUGAGGUAUGUCAUGUAUCAGUUGGUAAAUCAGGCAGACUCUGGGCCAGUGGUGUAGAUGGUAAACUUGUCCAAACAGAUCUUCACGGGAAUCAGCUACAGAAGAUACAAACCAGUAGUAGAUCUGAAGGCUGCUACCACACAGUAACACAGGACGGGGAUCUGAUCUAUACAGACAAAGACAACAAAUUCAUCAAUAAGAUAACACCGGAUAAUACAAUCACUAAAUUCAUUAAAACAGGAGACUGGACACCACUCAGUAUACACUCCUCCCACAUCAAUGGAGACAUACUGGUGGGGAUGCGCAUAGCUUUAAAAGGUAAAGUCACCAGGUACAACAAGACAGGGAAAGAAAUACAGAACAUAGACAGGGACAACAAAGGACAGAAAUUGUAUAGUUAUCCACACUACAUCACAGAAAACAUUAAUGGUGAUAUCUGUACAUCAGAUUCACUCAAAGAUGCUGUAGUGGUGGUGAAUAAAUCAGGAAAACACAGGUUCUCCUACACAGGUCAGGCGUCAGUGUUUUAUCCCCGAGGAAUGUGUACUGAUCGCCUGAGACACAUCCUGGUGUGUGAUACUUACAGUCACACAGUUCAUCUUCUGGAUAAGGACGGUCAGUUCUUGUCCCUACUACUCACACAACAACAAGUGGUAAAGAAUCCCUAUAGUGUGUGUGUUGAUGAUGAGAACAAUCUUAUUGUGGGACAACGUUACACCAAUACAGUGACAGUGUACAAGUAUCUACAGUGAACAUUACGUAUCCAAUAACAACAACUUUGUUACAGUGUACAACUUUUGGUAUCUACAGUGUUUAUUGAAAUACACAUUUAUAUAAUUAUAUCAGUAACGUAACUGUCAGUGUAUGUUCCUUUAGUACAUGUAUUGAUUAAUGGAUUAAUAUAUUAAUUUCAUCGCUGAAGAAUUGACAGUUAAACACACAUGUACUAACACUAUUUGUUUGUAGUAUAAUCACACGUACAUGUCAAGAAAUCAAAGUCUGUUAUUUACGAAAAUAAAAAAUUCACACCAGAAAUUUUAAAACAUAGUUUUAGGUCAAUCAUUUAAAAAUUCUUAACCGGUGGAUGUAUUUUGAUUUUAAAGAACUUUUAUUCACAGUGAUAUUGACAGGUGUCCAAUGCACCCCAAUCUGUGCACAUGUGUUACAAUAUAGCACACUUUUUCCAUUCUUAUUCUUUUUAAACAUUUUAUAAUUUAGAAUGUGACCUCUUUACAACCUUAUGUAAAUCUACUCAACUGAAAUAUUUCAAUGUUUCUCUUAGUGUGUGGAGAUGACCUGUUUUUAAUGUCCGAGUCUAAGGAAGGCCUUUUAAACAUGCUUGAUAAUUUGCAUGUUUAUUGCAAAAGUUGAAAUAUUUAAGUCUGUCCCAAGAUAUUUAUGCAGCACAUUUAGACUAUUUUUAAUUAAGAUACACAUACCUGUGAAAGAAAAGCAACUCAAAGCAAUAAAAGGGAAAAUAUCCAAGAUAUGUUUAUAGACACACUAUCAUUUUUCACUCGGAAAAAAAUCACAGGAACUAAAACAAAUAUAUUUCUUACAUUUUUCUAUAAUGGAAAAUGUAUACAUCUUUUCUCCAUUCGUUAUUCACUCCUAAUACCUCGUUAUUUCAAUGUUAUUA